AUGAGUUUUACAAGCGAUUGUGAUAGAAAUGAUUAUUUCAACAACUGCUGGACAUCGAGUGAUAGUGAACAUUCUUUCCCAAAGAUGUCAAGUGAAGACUCUUUAGAUCAAAUAGAUGGUAAAAUGGAUUUUAAUAAUGACAUUGAGCUAAAUGUUACCGGUGAUACGAGAUAUGACCAUAAGAAGUCAAUGUCUAGAUCAGAUUUUGAAUUAGAUUCUGCACCCAGCAUUAACUCUACUGAUUCCGUGACCAGUUCAGUAACCUAUGACCAAGGUGGCGGUAAAUUACAAUUUAAUAGCAAACUGGAAUGUGCAAAUAAUGAAGAAGUUCCUAAUUUGGUGGAUGACGAUUUUAUGGAUGAUGAAAAAAUUUCUGAUAAUGAUGAGUCUGUGGAUGAAUUAUCGGAUGAAGUCGAUGACGAGUUUAUAAUGAAGCAACUUGAAAAAUUGAUUAUUCGUCGAAAUAAGAAAGACAAUGAAGCUCGUUUGAGGUUAUUUUGCUAA